CAAGAGGAAACGGAUGUGACUUCAGGUUGCACGCGGAAGUUGUUAGAAUCCACAGCACUACAAGGGUGUCAGAGAGCAGUGAGGUCAGCUUUCUUGGCACAAUGGGUCAUCACUUCGGAGAUUUGGCCAAGAUAAGGCAUGUGAUCACCUACAGUAUUUCUCCCUUUGAACAGAGGGCUUUCCCAAACUACUUUUCUAAGGGAAUCCCAAAUGUGUGGAGACGAUUCAAAACAUCUGUAUUCAAGGUUGCACCACCCAUGGUUCUGAUGUACCUGACCUACACAUGGGGCAAUCGUGUUCAUGAACAGAGCAAAAGAAAGAAUCUUGAAGACUAUGAGAAUGACCAGUGAAAUCGCUCAGCUGAAGAUCCUUGUGUAACAACUUGUUUCUGCUCAAUAAAGAAAAUAUUUAUGUGAAAAAUGGAUUGCUGACUUGUUGCCACUUAAUCACUUCGUUUCAGUUUAAUUGUUUAAUAAAGUACCUUAAUAUGA